AAUGCUUUCUAUUUCGUACAGGAUCUGAUAUCGGAUCAUAGUAACAAAUUGCAAGUGCUGGCAGAUAGACUUGAAAAUUUCGAGAAGGAAUACAAAACCGAGAUACACUCUAUAAAGGAACAGGUUUACGAUUUGAAACUAGGCAAAAUACCUAAUGGCAACAAAAAGGACGCGAGGAGCGUAACCACACCCACAUUAUUUAAUGCGUCUAAUCUGCAAAUACCAGUACUAAUAAUAGCUUGUGAUAGAGUUACUGUCAGCAGAGCCAUUGACUCAGUUUUAAGACAUAAGCCACAGAAUAAAAAGUUCCCUGUGAUAGUGAGUCAAGAUUGUGGGAAUGAGCAGACAUCUAAAGUGAUUGAUUCGUAUCAAGACAAACUAACACAUAUCAUGCAACCAGACACUUCGGUUAUUGCUGUCCCAGCAGCUGAGAAAAGAAUGGCCGGGUAUUAUAAGAUAUCUCGUCACUAUAGGUGGGCGUUGAGUCAAGUUUUUGAUGUGUAUGGCUAUAAAUUAGCCAUCAUUAUAGAAGAUGAUUUAGAGGUUUCUUCUGACUUUUUCACUUACAUGGAGGCCACUUCGCCACUCCUUCUAUCAGACCCAACCUUGCUCUGUGUCUCCGCUUGGAAUGACAAUGGAAAGAAAGAUUUGAUAGACUCCAGCAGAAAUGAUCUGCUCUAUCGUUCUGAUUUCUUUCCUGGACUUGGUUGGAUGCUUACUGCUGAUCUGUGGCAUGAACUGAAACCAAAGUGGCCCUCAAGUUACUGGGAUGAUUGGCUGAGGCUGAAUGAGCAAAGAAAAGGAAGAUCCUGCAUUAGACCUGAAAUCUCUCGAACUCAAACUUUUGGUAGAGUUGGCGUUAGCAAAGGACAAUAUUAUGACAAACACUUAAAGUUCAUUCAGGCCAAUGACAAGAGCUAUCCUUUCAAGACAUCAAACUUAACUUAUUUACUAAAAGAAAACUAUGACCGUUAUUUUGUUGAUCGCAUCAAAAAUUUGCCUUCCAUUUCUCCAAAUGAUAUACUUGCGUCACAUGCAAAAGAAGUGACAAUACAAUACUCCGAUGAAAAGGAGUUUGUAAAACUAGCAAAGAAAUUGGGACUGAUGUCAGAUACUAAAGAUGGUGUACCCAGAACAUCAUACAAAGGAAUUGUGACUUUUUAUAAAAAUGACUGUAGAAUGCACCUUAUACCCACUGCACUAAGAUGAUUAUUGUUAUUUUUAAGUAUCUCAUCAUUUUUAUUAAAAAUACUAUUUAAGACACAA